UGGAGACUGAGCAACAGGAAGCGAUGGAAGAAGAAGACGCGCAGCAAAAAGACACCAACGAUUUGACGCAGUUAGUUUAUGAACGCGCGCAUCGGCUUGUUAACUAAUGGUUAACUGUAGCGGACUUUGGAUGCCGCUGUCUCCAGUAGGACCGCGUUUUAAAUGCAGAAUCCAAAACUUAGAGAGGUCUUCUGCUCCGGUCUGAGCUUCCAGCUCAAAGCCUUUCAGGGUUCUUAAAGGGGAAUGAAACACCGUUAUUAUCUUUUUCGAUUAUGAAUUGCAGCUAAAAACACCCGGCUUUGUGUAUCUCAUAACAAGUAUUUAUAGUCAUGGCAAGAGUCGCCGUGAAUAGGUUUAUAGAGAUUUGUAAAUAUCUCCAGGAGCCCAUCCUUGUCGCCAGGUUUCAACGUUUUUGCGGCGUUAAAGGGACAUUUCCGGAGAAGCGGACACAUCCGGACAGCGGGCAGCAGGACUCGGGGGGUCCGGGGCUUAGGAAGAGGGUCCAGCCGAGCUCGGAUGAAGGUGUGGGGAACGGAGAUGCCGCCGCAUCGCAGGUUAACGGGAAGCCGGAGGAGGACAGCGUCGGGCCUGAUGGUCCAGUAGAGGCAGACACAGUGAGAGCGAAGCCCCUCCGGAGAAACUCUCUGACCGGGGAUGUGGGUCAGGAGUUCCUGAUCCACAACAAGUUCCUCUUCUACCUGUUCACCUUCGGGACGGAGCUCGGCAACGAGAUGUUCUUCAUUGUGUUCUUCCCCUUCCUCUUCUGGAAUGUCGACGCGCUGGUCAGCAGGAGGCUCAUCGUGGUUUGGGCCUGGAACCUGUUCGUGGGACAGUCCACUAAAGACAUGAUCCGCUGGUCCAGACCAGCCUCCCCUCCUGUGGUGAAGGUGGAGGUCUUCUACAACUCCGAGUACAGCAUGCCCUCCACGCAUGCCAUGACGGGGACAGCCAUACCUUUCUGUAUCUUCAUGCUGACCUAUGGACGGUGGCAGUACCCUUUCCUUUUUGGCUUCUGCCUGGCCCUCAGCUGGAGUGUGCUGGUCUGCGUGAGCCGGGUCUACAUGGGCAUGCACUCUGUUCUGGAAGUAAUCAGCGGCUUCCUGUACAGCCUUCUGGUCCUCGCCUUCUUCCAGCCAACCUUAGAUAAGAUUGACACCUACUACAUGAUGGACCGCUAUGCUCCUCUCGUCAUCAUCGUGUCACACGUGAGCCUGGGACUCGUAGCUUUCUCUCUGGAUUCAUGGAGCACGUCUCGUGGCGACACCGCUCAGGCUCUUGGCACGGGGGCCGGAGCAGCUCUGGCUUCACAUGUGAACUAUCAGCUUGGGCUGCUGCAGGAUCCACCGCUGUCCUCUCUGCCUCUAACUCUACCACCAAUCACUUCAGGCCUGCUGUUGCGCUCGGUGCUGCGCUUCGUCAUUGGAAUCGCCGUCCUGCUCGCCACAAGAAUGGUCAUGAAAGCAGUGACUAUCCCGUUCUUGUGCCGACUUUUCGGACUGCCGUCGGAUGACGUGAGGCGGGCGAGACAACAGAUGAAAGUAGAGCUUCCUUACCGUUAUAUGGUCUACAGUGUCGUUGGGUUUAGUUGUGUCUGCUUUGUGCCUGUCCUCUUCUGGAUCUUACACCUUGACUGAAUAUUUACUGAAAACUGUUUGGCCUUUUUAAUAGAUUCAUACUGCCUGUUUUGACAGGUUGUUUCUGAGCAACAAGCAGAGUUGAAAGAUACAUCAGAUUAUAUUUGGGUCUCAAAAUCCAAUCAGACAACCACUAAAGUAAUUAAUUAUAGUAAGUAUUAUCGCAGCCAAAGAAUAUC